UAAGAAAUAUGAAGACACUGAAUAACCUUGACCCUCCUCAACAGAGAGAUGGAGAGCUGCCAACUUCAAAGAAAAAGUGCCAGGCAGCGGAGAGGAUCAUGUACACCUUGGUUUCAGUUCCUCAUGGAAACGACAUCGCAUCCCUCUUUGAACUCGAUGCCACAACUCUUCAGAGAGCCGACUGCCUGGUUCCCAGGAACUCCUAUGUGCGGUUGAGGCACUUAUGCACCAACACCUGGGUAACCAGCACCAGCAUCCCCAUAGACACGGAUGAAGAGAGGCCUGUGAUGCUGAAGAUUGGAACCUGCCAGACCAAAGAAGAUAAAGAAGCCUUUGCCAUCGUGUGUGUCCCCCUGUCGGAGGUCCGAGACUUAGACUUUGCCAAUGAUGCCAACAAAGUGCUGGCCACCACUGUGCAGAAGCUGGAGAGCGGCACCAUUACCCAGAAUGAGAGGAGGUUUGUGACUAAACUGUUGGAAGACCUCAUCUUCUUUGUGGCUGAUGUGCCUAACAACGGACAGGAAGUUCUGGAUGUGGUCAUCAGCAAACCAAACCGGGAGCGGCAGAAACUGAUGCGGGAACAGAACAUACUGGCGCAGGUGUUUGGGAUUCUUAAAGCGCCUUUCAAGGAGACUGGAGAAGGCUCGAUGCUGCGGCUUGAAGACCUGGGCGACCAGCGCUACGCCCCCUACAAGUACAUGCUGCGACUCUGCUACCGGGUGCUGAGGCAUUCCCAGCAGGACUACAGGAAAAACCAGGAGUACAUCGCUAAGAAUUUCUGUGUCAUGCAGUCCCAGAUUGGCUAUGAUAUUUUGGCAGAAGAUACAAUCACAGCCUUACUACAUAACAACCGGAAGCUUCUGGAGAAGCACAUCACGGCAAAAGAGAUCGAGACCUUUGUCAGCUUGCUCAGGAGGAACCGGGAACCGAGAUUUCUGGAUUAUUUGGCUGAUCUGUAUGUGUCUAACAUCACUGCAAUCCCAGUCACUCAGGAACGCAUGUGCAAAUUUAUGCUGAGUCCUGGCAAUGCAGACAUUCUCAUUCAAACAAAGCUGGUCUCCAUGCAAGAAAACCCGAUGGAGAGCGUCAUCCUGUCUGAGGAUAUUGACGAUGAGGAAGUUUGGCUCUACUGGAUCGACAGCAACAGGGAGCCUCAUGGCAAAGCCAUCAGGCACCUGGCCCAGGAAGCCAAGGAAGGCACCAAAGCAGACCUGGAAGUCCUGACCUACUACGGGUAUCAGCUCAACCUCUUUGCAAGGAUGUGCUUGGACCGCCAGUAUCUGGCCAUCAACCAGAUUUCUACACAGCUGUCUGUGGAUCUGAUCCUGCGGUGUAUGUCGGAUGAGAGCCUGCCCUUUGACCUCCGGGCUUCUUUCUGUCGCCUCAUGCUCCACAUGCAUGUUGACCGCGACCCCCAGGAGUCCGUAGUACCUGUUCGCUAUGCCCGCCUCUGGACGGAAAUCCCCACAAAGAUCACCAUUCAUGAAUACGAUUCUAUCACAGAUUCUUCUAGAAAUGAUAUGAAGAGGAAGUUUGCACUGACAAUGGAAUUUGUUGAAGAGUAUUUGAAAGAAGUUGUAAAUCAACCUUUUCCUUUUGGGGAUAAAGAGAAAAAUAAACUAACAUUUGAGGUGGUUCACCUGGCUCGGAACCUCAUCUACUUCGGAUUUUACAGUUUCAGCGAGUUGCUUCGCCUGACGAGAACGCUUCUGGCCAUCCUAGACAUCGUCCAGGCCCCCGUGUCAUCCUAUUUUGAAAGGUUAAGCAAAUUUCAAGAUGGAGGUAACAACGUCAUGAGGACCAUCCACGGGGUGGGAGAGAUGAUGACUCAGAUGGUGCUCAGCAGAGGCUCCAUCUUCCCAGUGAGCGUGCCCGACGUGCAGCCCAGCGUCCACCCCAGCAAGCAGGCCAGCUCCAGUGAGCCCGAGGAUGUGACUGUAAUGGACACUAAGCUGAAGAUUAUCGAGAUUUUGCAGUUCAUCCUGAGCGUCAGGCUGGACUACAGGAUCUCAUACAUGCUGUCCAUAUACAAGAAGGAAUUUGGAGAGAGCAGCGAUAAUGCUGAUGUCUCUGCCAACGGCUCUCCUGACACCUUGUUACCAUCAGCUGUUAUCCCUGACACCGACGAGAUUACUGCUCAGGCAGAGACCAUGUUUGCUGGAAGGAAGGAAAAGACUCCUGUUCAGCUCGAUGAUGAGGGCGGCAGGACAUUCCUACGUGUCCUCAUCCACCUGAUCAUGCACGAUUACGCUCCGCUGCUGUCGGGAGCCCUACAGCUGCUGUUCAAGCACUUCAGCCAGAGAGCCGAGGUGCUGCAGGCCUUCAAACAGGUGCAGUUACUGGUGUCGAACCAAGAUGUCGAUAACUACAAGCAGAUCAAGGCAGAUCUAGACCAACUUCGACUGACUGUAGAAAAAUCCGAGUUGUGGGUUGAGAAAAGCGGCAACUACGAGAAUGGAGAGAUGAGCGAGAGCCAAGUGAAAGGUGGUGAGGAGCCGAACGAGGAAUCAAACAUCCUAAGUCCAGUGCAAGACGGUGCAAAGACACCUCAGAUUGACAGCAAGAAGAGCAACAACUACCGCAUCGUCAAAGAGAUUUUGAUCAGGCUGAGUAAACUCUGCGUGCAGAAUAAGAAGUGUCGGAAUCAGCACCAGCGGCUGCUGAAGAACAUGGGGGCCCAUUCGGUGGUGCUGGACCUUCUGCAGAUACCCUACGAAAAGGUCCGUCCCCGCUACCUCCGUAUUUACAUUUGGGCACGCUGUUACGUAACCACACCUCAACUCUCCAAAGGAGAACAACACUUUACUGUCCUGAAUACCCCGUGCCAUUGA